UGCAACAGAGUACUAGAACUGAGCCAUGACAGGAUUUUUGUUAACUUAUAACCAAAUAUUGAAUAAUAGAAUAAAUGGUUUGUCAAUGAGACCACGCUGAAUACGUAGCCAUUAAAUGUCGCCUAAUCUUAAACUGCGGAUUUGUCUCAGCUCUGACAGCACCAGCACGUAGCAGGUCAUGGGACCCGAAUACAUGACGCCUCACAGAUGUGAUUGGUUCCAGUUUGAAGGAUCUAUUUGGCGAUUGGUGCGCUCUACUGUCAGUCACCUAUCCUGGCUUGUGAUUGGUUAUUCAGCCGUUUCAGCCUCGCUAGUUUUUACUGUUUUUUUUGCCGUCCUUCCCAUUGAGCUUAUCGGUUUCGGUCAACCGCUACACCUGCCCGCAGUUUCUCAAAUUUCUCCUCUCACAAGAACUCAACAUGGAUGAUUUUGACAUGCUGAACGCACCCGCCGCUGGAAACGGCGUCGGCUCGGAAGAGGACCCCGCCGCCGCGUUCUUGGCCCAGCAGGAGAGCGAAAUCGCAGGGAUAGAAAACGACGAAGGCUUCAGCAUCCUGGACAGUGGAGAGGUCCCCUCGUCGCUGGGAGACUCCAACGACGGUGCUGUCAACGGAGAGCUUUAUGGGGAAAGCAACGGCCCAUCAGACGCCUAUGCAGCAAUCUCCAAUGCAGACCGGCUGCAGGCCGAACCUGAGAGCCUACGCAAGUGGAGGGAGGAGCAAAAAGAGCGGCUGGAGUUGCUAGAUGAUAACUCUCGCAAGCAGGAGUCAGAGUGGAAGGAGAAAGCCAAGGUGGAGCUGGAAGAGUGGCACGCCAGGCAGAACGAGCAGCUGGAGAAAACCAAAACCAAUAACAGGGUGCUGGAUGAAGACUUCUACAAGCAGCCCUUCUCUGAGCUCAUUGGUUAUGUCACACACAUUAACCAUCCUUGCUACCGCCUAGACCAGUUAAGUAAAAAUACAAAACCACAGAACCUCUAAAUACUUUAUAUUUUUGACAGGGGA